AUGAAUCCUCUCGAUACUGAAGAGCAGUGCGACCACAGCAUGCCAACUGCCUGGCAGAACCUUCAGCUGACUAAUUAUGCCUUUUUGCCGGUGACUGUUCAGGCAGACACCCUCUGGGCAAGUGUGUUCCCUGACGCGCGCUUGGGCCAUGCGUACCCGCAGGAGCUUAGUAACGCUACCACCAAUGAGGCUCCCUUCGACUAUCAAGGGUACCUCCCUGCUGUGCCUGCUCAAGGGUCUUACGACCCCUUGAAUCUGUAUGAUCUUACCAUCAUCAACACCCAACAAACUCAUCUUGGAAAUGUUAACACACUGGAGGACUGGACCCUGUCGGAUGAAUCCAUUGUUCCUUCGGUGGGUAACAGCUUCUUGACGUCGAUGCUUCCGCAGCCUAGCCCCUUCCUGACUCAGCCGUUUUACCCUGCAGGUGUGGCUGGACCUGGUCAUGCCUUCCAACCCAUUGCUCCAGCUGCUGUUGCUGCUGCUCAGCCGAACGUUGUCGUACCACCCAGCUUGCCAUCUGGUGUACAUGCCGAGGUUCAUCGUCGCAUCAUCGAGACACGCAUCCGCUGCACCGUAGGCGGAUGCACCAAGACCUUCCGCCGCCCUGGUGAUCAUCGCCGCCACAUGCGAAAGCAUCAGGAUCCUGAGCUCAAGUGCAUCGUCAACGAUUGCGACAUGAAGUUUUACCGCCUGGACAAACUUCGUGAUCACAUACGCCAGAGUCACAAGAUGGUCUUGUAA